AUGGCGCCAGCGUCGGUGCAGGGGCAACCGCCAUUCGCAUACUAUCCCGCUCCUGAGUCGCAACAUAGAUCACAGCAGCAACAUUUCACAAGUCAUCCCUCUGACAUGCAACAAUACUAUGGACAGAUGCAUGCCUUCCAACGUGCAUCCCAACACCAGCCAUUGCAGCAUGGUUUGCCUGACCAGCCAAUCUAUGCCUCACAACCUAUGAUGAACAUGCACCAGAUGGCUACCACCAAUGCGUUCCGAGGGUCAAUGAACAUGACUCCCGUCGCUUCCCCCCAGCCUUCUCAUUAUAAGGCCGCCGUCGUUGCUCAGCAUGGUUCAAACUUGAUGCCUAUUGAUACGAGGUUUGUCAGUAACGACUACUACAAUUUCCCUUCAACUCCCCCACUGUCAACUGCCGGAAGCUCUAUCAGCAGUCCCCCAUCGACCAGUGGUACUCUCCAUACCCCGAUCAAUGACAGCUUCUUCACGUUUGAGAAAGUUGAAGGGGUGAAAGAAGGCUGUGAAAAUGAUGUGCAUGCUGAAAUUCUGGCCAAUGCUGACUGGUCUCGGUCUGCUUCGCCACCCAUGACACCUGUGUUUAUCCAUCCCCCCUCACUCACCGCCAGCCAAAGCUCAGACCUUUUGUCCAACAACAGCUCUUGUCCAUCCCUUUCUCCCUCUCCGCCUCCUGUGUCUUCCACCUUGAUCAGCCAGUCUCAGUCGGGUCUACCCACUGAACAAUCUAGCUCCUUUUGCGACCCGAGGCAGCUCACUGUCGAAUCAUCCACCAACCCCGCUACCCCUUCCGACCUGCCUCCUCUGCCCAACCUUACAUGCGAUGACGAGGAACCAAAGGUGGUAUUGAGCUGUGAGGCUGUGACUUUGCCGAUUAAUGAGAAUCCGUCGCCGUGCUUCACCGGCCAUACCGAGGAUCCCCUGAGUACACUGCCGACCUUUGAUAGCUUUUCUGACCUGGACUCGGACGACGAGUUUGUCAACCGCCUCGUUGACUUCCACCCCAGUGGCAACACUUUCUACCUGGGCGAAAAGAGACAGCGCAUGAGCACAUUCUCGCUUGAUGAGGACGAAUUCCUGAGUGAGCAGAGCCUAGAGGAUUCGGAUGACCAGGCCUCAACCCUGUCGGGCCUUCCUACUCUGGAUAGCUCUGAGUUCACUGGGUUUGCUAGCGCUGUUAAUGAUAGCUCGGACGAGAUGUUGAAGAAGCGGACCAACUCCCGCAGGCCUUUCAAGAGGACGGAAACUGACUCGGAUGUAUUGGACAAGAAAAGUGAGCCUCCAGCGAGCCACCGUUCAGGCAGCACUGCAUCCGAUUCUUCCGUUCAACUGGCAAGCGUUGACGCUCAUUCCAAUUCGGAUGUGAACGGUUCGAGCUCGCUUGAAGCCACCGUUGCACCUGUAUCGGUCAAUCGCCGAGGCCGGAAACAAUCGCUGACCGAUGAUCCUUCCAAGACCUUCGUCUGCACUCUCUGCUCACGUCGCUUCCGUCGCCAGGAGCACCUCAAGCGCCAUUAUCGUUCUCUGCACACUCAAGACAAGCCGUUUGAAUGCAACGAGUGCGGCAAGAAAUUCUCGCGUAGCGACAAUCUUGCGCAGCACGCCAGAACUCAUGCUGGCGGAUCAAUCGUGAUGGGGGUUCUUGAUGCGAACAGUGUGUCUCAGCGCGCCUCGUAUGAGGACCGAGAUCCAUCCGUCCUAGGUGCAGUGCUAUAUGAAGCUGCAAAUGCCGCUGCGACGAAAUCGACAACCAGCGAAUCCUCCGAGGAUGGUGUUUCAGAAACUCCAUCUGUCGAUCGACGAUCUGCCAAGAAGCGCAAGCGCGAGGAGAACGCUUGA